CGUCUACACUUGCCAAGAUAUAUAUCGUAGCGGGUAACUGCGCAUGCGUUAUGCGCAUGUUUACGAAUGGCGUAUAAGUAUAAACUUAAAUAAAAGUAACUGCAUCACGGAGUUAUAUUUAACUCCGUAGCAUGCUAACAAAAUUAGCUUUGUAGCCGAACUGUUGAAGUGGUAAUGAUUUAAAGUCAGGCGGAGACGAAGCGACCCAAGGGUCCUUAGGAUCCCGGAAGUGCACUGAAGUCAGCUGAAACGCUCCAGGAUUUUAAAAAUGGCUCUGAGUGACUCUGACUCCGCGGAGCAGGAUGAGAAAGAGGAGCCGUUUCUCCUGCGGGCGAUAAAGAUCGCAUUUGUGGUGGCUUUGUACUGGUUUGUGUCCAUCACCAUGGUCUUCCUCAACAACCACCUGCUGGACAGUAAAGAGCUGGACGCGCCUCUGUUUGUGACGCUGUUCCAGUGCGUGGUGAGCGUGGCGCUCUGCUGGACCAUCAGCCUGGUGUCCUCUUUAAAGCCGGGCUGUAUGGACUUCCCCUCCAUUAAAGUGGACAUGAAAGUGACUCUGCAGAUUUUGCCCCUGUCUGUCGUCUUCGUCGCCAUGAUCACGUUUAAUAACUUGUGCCUUAAGCACGUCGGAGUGGCCUUCUACACAGUGGGCCGUUCGCUCAGCACCGUGUUUAACGUCCUGCUGAGUUACGUCAUUCUGGGUCAGACGACGUCACUGCGCGCGCUGCUGUGCUGCGGAGUGAUUCUGGGUGGUUUUUGGCUCGGAGUGGAUCAGGAAGAUGCCGCUGGCUCCCUCUCCUGGACCGGGGUGGUAUUCGGGGUCUUAGCCAGUGCAUGUGUCUCCUUAAAUGCAAUUUUCACCAAGAAAGUGAUGCCUGUGGUGGAUGGAAGCAUCUGGAAGCUUUCAUACUAUAACAACUUGAACGCAUGUGUGCUCUUCCUCCCGCUAAUUGCUGCAUUUGGAGAGCUGCCACGUGUAUUCAAUUUCGUCCGUGUCGCAGAUGGCCAUUUCUGGGUCAUGAUGGUCCUUGGGGGCAUCUUUGGCUUUGCCAUUGGCUAUGUGACAGGCCUGCAGAUUAAAUUCACAAGUCCACUGACACACAACGUAUCAGGAACAGCAAAAGCAUGUGCACAGACAGUCAUCGCUGUAGCAAUCGAGCAUUCACACAAGAGCCUGCUGUGGUGGAGCAGCAACAUGAUGGUCCUGGGAGGUUCGUUCGCUUACACCUGGGUCAAAGGACUUGAGAUGAAAGGAAGCACGAGUCAGGACAUUCCAGCUACAGGAGAGAAAACUAAACCGGACACAGGAGUAUGAGGAAUGAAAAGUUUUUAAAUGGUAUGCUGAAGUAAAGGACAGGUAUAAGACACAAGAUGCACAUACAUUAUUUCUAUAUACACUACCAUUCAAAAGUUUGGGGUCACCCAGACAAUUGUGUUUUCCAUGAAAAGUCACACUUUUAUUUCCCACCAUAAGUUGUAAAAUGAAUAGAAAAUAUAGUCAAGACAUUUUUCUGGCCAUUUUGAGCAUUUAAUCGACCCCACAAAUGUGAUGCUCCAGAAACUCAGGUGGGGUUUACAUUAGACCGUAUCAGCAGAUCAUCAGAUUAACGUUUUUAAAACGAUUCGCGUGCACACAGCAACACCAAUACACGGAUACGCUCGGCUCCGCAGGCAUCCUGCGCUCCAAAUCACUCCGCCCUGAACAGCAAGUGCCCUCUGGAGGGUGCGCACUCCGGCCCUGCGCAGCUCACAGAGCGCGCGAGUGAAGUGCACAAGCAGUGAUUCGGGACUGAGCCGCUGUGUGUGAGAUCCCAGUGCAUAUCACUUACCACUUGCAAGUGGAAGGAUGGCAAGCCGAAAGACAAUCAUAACUACACAAUGGGCAGUAUUUGCAUCAGUAUUUGCAGUAUUUUCAUACUUUUAUACUCUUUAAUGAAAGGUGAUACAAGGCGGAAGUCCGCGCCGUUUUUCAGCAGUUGCGUCACAUGACCAACGCCAGCGAAUCAGGAAGGUGGAUGUCACAGUGACGUUGUCCAAUGACGACGCCAGCUAGAGCUCAGCACAGCGUAUCCGCGUAUUCUCAAUGUUUACACAGCACCGGACCAGACACGAUCUAGAUUGAAUACGUGGACCCUGGCGGAUUCCCGUUUCCAGGCGUUUCCAGGCGUUUUAAUGUAAACGGACAGUGCAUCCGCGAAGAAAACGAGACAGAUACGGUCUAAUGUAAACUUGGCCUCAAUCUGCUCAAAGGAAGGUCAGUUUUAUAGCUUCUCUAAAGAGCUCAACUGUUUUCAGCUGUGCUAACAUGAUUGUACAAGGGUUUUCUAAUCAUCCAUUAGCCUUCUGAGGCAAUGAGCAAACACAUUGUACCAUUAGAACACUGGAGUGAGAGUUGCUGGAAAUGGGCCUCUAUACACCUAUGGAGAUAUUGCACCAAAAACCAGACAUUUGCAGCUAGAAUAGUCAUUUACCACAUUAGCAAUGUAUAGAGUGGAUUUCUGAUUAGUUUAAAGUGAUCUGCAUUGAAAAGAACAGUGCUUUUCUUUCAAAAAUAAGGACAUUUCAAAGUGACCCCAAACUUUUGAACGGUGGUGUAAUAUUGAGCCUGGUAUGAAACUUUUUUUUUUGUAUCGACUCUCUUCACAUUACCCAUAAUGCUUUGCACCUGGGGGGGGGGACCAAAAUGUAAACAAACUGAAAGCAACAUAGCGUCCCACACUGACCGUAAUCUUUUGAAUUUAAAUCUCCUUAAAACUUUCAAAGAAGUGUCAAAACUAACUAAACUAAAGCUUAAAGAAAUCUGCAAAACCUUUUCUGUGGACUUUGAGAAAUCAAUCGGUUAAAAAAAGUGCUUGUAAACAUUGCAUCGAAUGCUUUGAAGGUCUUUACUUCAGGUGACUGUCAGCAGCCUUCAUCUGUCAACAUGGAUGUUCCAACAAUUACUGACCUGCAGAAGGUGAAAGAUGGACACUGAUCACAGAAGAAUCCACAGUGAAGUCAUUUUUGCUGGGUGCUGGUUAUGACGAGAGAGCCAUAAGAAAAUACAAAACGCUUUGUGCAUGGGAACACAAGCACGGAAUUCACUCAGUCAUGUAUGCACUGUAAACACAGCAGAACUGUCAAAUUUCUUUAAGUCAGUUUUGAUUUUCUUCACUCUGAUUUUCCUCGAGCUCAUAUGCUCCUGGGUUACGACGAUCUUUGGGCUGUUGGAGGAAGCUGUUCGGACUGCAGGGUCAAAUACUACAUUCAAUCUCCCUACAGAAAUGCUAAAAGGGGAAGGACAUAUAAGCUUACACUGCAUCGUUUGUGCUUUUGUUUUGGGAGUCGAUCCUUCAAUAAAGUUGUUCUUUUGACUUUUGUCCUUUGGUUUUCACACUUUUUAUGACCAAACACAAAGACUGAGAGGUUCGAGACUUCAUGACUUGGUUCAUCAGACUUUUCUGCACACUUCAGUGAUGGAGUCCACAGUCGUGUCGUGUCUUGUCUGUCGGUGUAAAAUUCUGACAGCGAAUUCUGUUUAACCAUGGGUGUCCUGUAGGUAUUUUAUAGGUAUUCUAUAAAUCUUUGUCAGGAAAAGUCGUUUUCCCCCAUGUGAAUUUGAAGAAAUGACUGAAGUUAUUUGAGUUAGUAAACAAAUAUAGCACUUGAUUAUCCCCCAAGGUGCAAGGCAUUAUGGGUAUGUAAAAGUGGAGAAUAGCUAUCAGUUGCAGGAAGGUAAUCAUUAGAAUAACCAGUGAUUUUAAUUGACAUACUUGUGCAGCAUACACUUUUAUACUAAUUACACUUUUUUUCAUAGUACAUCAAAAACAUGACACUUGCACCCUGGCAAACCAAGUUUACACCUCAACAGCAGGCCUUGUUUCUGCAACGUUUUCUGUGAAAAGUUGCGAACAUGUCAAUGCCAGUGUCUUAUGCCUGCAUGAUGGAAAUACCUCUUCAUACCAGGAGAUGGCAGCAGUUUAUAAUCUUAUGUAACACUGAAAUUUUCAAAGUGUUGUGAGGGGUGACUUUAAUAAAAUGUGUGUUUCUUUUA